AUGCCUGGCAUUCCAAACUGGAGCCCAGAAGCCCAUAUUGCCCUCAUGGAUAAGAUGAAUGUAUCCAAGUCGAUCCUUAGCAUCACGUCGCCAGGUACCUACCUGAAAGUCAAUGACAACGAACUCGCCAAUCUGGUAAACCGAGACACAAAUGAUGAGAUGGCAGAAAUCUGCAGUCAAUACCCCGACCGAUUUGGCUUCUUCGCCUCACUUCCUCUCCCGGAUAUUGAGGGUUCGCUCAAGGAGAUUGAUCGUGCCCUCGAUACCCUUGGUGCGCAUGGCUUUGCCAUCAUGACAAACGCACAAGGGUUUUACCCUGGAGAUCCAGAGCUGGAUGAGGUGUUCGCAAAGUUAAACGAGCGCAAAUCGAUUGUCUUCAUGCAUCCAACCGGAUGCUGCAGUCCGGGCCAUGCAGAUGUUCCAAAGCCGCUGGACAAAUACCCCACCCCAAUGAUGGAGUACUUCUUCGACACCACGCGUGCGGUGGUGAAUCUUAUUUUGUCUGGCACGGUCACCAAGUAUCAAAAUUUGACGUUCAUAGUUUCUCAUUGCGGUGCGACAAUACCACCACUAGUGGAACGCUUCGCUGCGUUUUCGGCCUCGGGUCUCCUGCGCACAGAGGCAAUCUCAAGCUCCCAGGUCAAAGAACUCUUCAGGACGAGGUUCUACUUUGACUUGGCCGGAUUUCCAUUUCCGGAUCUCAUCCAUGGUUACCUAAACAUCGGUGCCGCCAGUCGUCUUCUCUAUGGCAGCGACUAUCCCUACACUCCGGAAAAGACCACCCUGAUGCUCAAUGAGAAGAUGGCUGACGGUCUCAAAAAGCAUUUUGACGACGAAACAGUUGCAAAUAUCUACUCUGGAAAUGCUCGAAAGUUGUUGAAUCUUUGA